AAGGAAUACACAAAUUCAAUCUCAGCCGCUCGAUUUGACGGCAAGGAAGAGCAACGGCCAGAUUCAAUUCAACUGUCCAUCCUCGAAUAGUGCCAAUACGUAAGCGAUUCCAUCGAUUUCGUGGUAUUUAUAAUUUUUUUCCUUUCUUUCUAAUCUCGAAGGAUUUAUCAUUUAUCCCCUUUUCGACAAAAUUAGGGUUUCAGGCGAAACGAUUGGGCCCACACUGUAGUCACACAUUCGUUUCUCGCAGUUGCUAACUUUUCCCCCCUCUUGCCUUUUUUAGAUUAAAGGUUAAUUCGAGGUCGCUGUCGAUAAAUUUCCGGCUCUAGGGUUCGGAAUUCGGAUACUGCUGUUCUUCGUGUCCACACUUUUUGAGUUGGAUUUUGGGUUUGCUUCGAUUUGGGAUUUUAUUGGAUUUGUGCUUUUUAUUUGGUUUUGGAUUGUUUGAUUGAAUCCAAAUUAAUCAGCGAAGAAAGGGAUUGAUUGUACAUUGUGGUGAUUGUGAUAACAGAAAAUUUUGAAGACUGUAAUUUUUGGCUUUGAUAUUUUUUCUUUUAUUUGUUGGGAGUUUUAGGAAAAAAGUUUGGUCUGUUUUAUGAUCCGAGGAGAAGGUAUUAUUCGAAUGAGAUAAGAGUUGAUUACGAUGGGAAGAACACGAAAAGUUGCGAAAAGCUACUCGUCUAUGUUUGUGCCCGAUUAUCCGCCCGCUGUGGAGGCAGUGGCUGAUUCGGAAUGUGUUGGUACAGAGGAAUCUUAUGCUCUCAAGAGGAAAUUCACCAACUUGAAUGUGGAUAGUUACGAUUCGUUCGGUGCGCCUAGGCAGAUCUUUUCUUUGUCCAGUAUGUCGCAAUUCGAGAUGAAGGGUUUGGAGAAGAGGUUGAAAAUUGAGCUCGAACAAGUUCAGAAUCUUCAGAGGAAGAUUGAUAGUUUUACCAACAAGUCCUCUAUUGCGGAACAUUUUACGGGAAACAAGAAUUUCCCUGGAAGAAACGGGGCCCGCACUAAAGGUGGGCAUGUUACAGCUAAGAAAACUGAGUCUGCGAAUCGUAAUUUUGCUGUGUUGAUGAAAGAGUGCGAGACGCUGUUAUCUCGGCUGAUGACUCAUCAGCAUGCUUGGAUUUUCAACGAGCCGGUUGAUAUUGUAAAGCAUAAUGUCCCUGAUUACUUCAAUGUUAUAAAGCAUCCAAUGGAUUUGGGUACGAUAAAAAGAAAGUUAACUUCGCGUCAGUAUUCCGACCCGAUGGGUUUUGCUGCAGACGUAAGGCUCACUUUUAAAAAUGCCAUGACUUAUAAUCCACCUGGACAUGUUGUACAUGUCAUGACCGAGAAAAUGAGUAAGUAUUUCGAAACGAGAUGGAAGCCAAUUGAAAAGAAGUUUCUAACAGUAAUGGAUGAAUUAAAGUCGAAUGCCGUUGUAGAACCUGAAAGCACCACCUUUGCGGGUCCCACUAGGAGUAAUUUAAAGAAAGAGCAUUGUAAGAAGGGGAUGAGCGAUAUUGAGAAGCAAAAAUUGGGUGAAGAGUUGGAGGCCUCGUGGACGGAACUGCCGGACAAUAUUUUAGAUUUUGUUAAAGAGAGCAUUCUAGACGAACGCAACGUAAGCGACGAUGAGAUCGAGAUUGACUUCGACACUCUUAACGAUGAGACCUUAUUCACGAUCAGAAAACUUUUGGAUGAUUAUCUGCUGCAGAAGAAACAAAAUCAAGUUAAAGUGGAGCCAUGUGAGAUCCAGAUACACAAUGAGUCUAAGUCAAGCCAUUUAUCGUCACAACACUGCAAAGAACGUAGGCCAGUUGAUGAAGAUGUGGAUAUUAUUGGAGAUGAUGUACGGCCUAUCUCCAGCUGUAUACCAGGGGAGAAUGACACGGAUGCUGCGAGAAAGAACAGUAACCGUAAUUCAAGUAGCUCCAGCAGUGGUGAUUCAGGCUCAUCCUCCAGUGAUUCAGGUUCAGGAAGUUCCGCUGAACUGGAUAUUGUCAAUAAUUCCGAUCAGGAAAUGGAAGGUCCUAUAGCGGAACCAAAGAAAAGCGAUGGAAACAAUGAAGAUUUUUUGAAUAGGAAUUGUGAGCAAAAUGCAGAAUCAAACUCGCCUAAUUGUCAUGAAGAGGUGGAGAGUGGUGUACCAGGUAGGCAAGUCUCCCCUGAAAAGCUUUACCGUGCAGCUUUAUUGAGAGGCCGAUUCGCCGACAUAAUAAUUAAAGCCCAAGAGAAUACUGUUGAAAAAGGAGCGGAUCCUGAGAAGCUAAAGUUUGAGAAAGAGGAGUUUGAAAGACGAAGAAGAGAAGAGAAAGCUCGGCUGCAAGCAGAGGCAGAAGAAGCUAGACGAAAAGUCGAAGAAGAAGCUGCAGCCGAAGCCCAAAGGAAAAGACAAGCCGAAAGGGAAGCCGCACGACAGGCUUUACAACAGAUGGAGAAGACUGUUGAUAUCGAUGAAAGUAGCCAGUUCAUGGAAGCUUUAGGAGUAUUUACGGAUCAGAGUUUCAUACAAGAUACAAUCCCCGAGAAUUGUGAUGAAAAUGGUCUUGGUGGUUUCAAAUUUCCGGUAACUAGUAAUCCAUUGGAGCAACUCGGAUUAUACAUGAAGAAUGAAGAUGACGACGACGAAGAAGAAGAAGUUGAAAUUGAAAGAAGUCCCGAUACAUCAAGUGAUUAAUUAGGAAUUGAUUUGUAAUACUUCUGUUUCUUUGAAAUAAAGUGUAGAGAGCUUGCUUGCUGCUCUGAUUUAUUUAGGCAGCAAAUUUUGUUGCAGCUCUCAUAUGUCAAUUUUAAGAUAUAGAAACACUUAUAUACAGUUUUACGAUGGAAAAUCCGUUUUCUUUUAUUUUUACGUAUGAGAUUCUUAUAGGUG